AGAAGUUUGAACCUUCGUAAACAAGACACGUGUUCUUAAAGGCAGCCAUUUUCUCAAUAGGUUCGAAUAGACAGAAUACGCGAUACGGAAAAACGAAUAAGAACGAUAAGAAUUGAUAUUUAAUAAGAAAAUUUACAGUUCGGGAAUGAUAAAUGAUUAAAUGAUUUUUAAUCCGUUUUGUUUAUCAUUUCAAUUUCACUGGUAGAUAUCAUCACGUAUGCACGUGGAAGUUUAUUUUUUGAACAGUUUUAUGUGGAAAUGUGAACCAAUUUUGCUCUAACAUUGUUUUAUAUGUUAACAGAAAUAUAAAUCUCGUGACGUUUAAAUUGAUCGAAAUUAUUAUGAAAUUUGUUUAAAAAUGUGUUCAUUUUAUAAAAAUUCCAAAAAUGUCAUUUUCUCUAGUAAUGACAAAUUACUCAUUUUUCCUGAGAUAACAAGUGAAACUUCAACUGUUCUGAAAUUAUCAACUUUAAGUAACAAGACAGAUAAAAAUAUAGAAAAAGAAAGUGAAUCAAAGUCUGCAAAUGAAUUAAAUGAAAAUGAACAAAAAGUUGUGUGUGGUGGUUUUUCUCCACAAAAUAAUUAUUUUGCUGUGAUUGAUGAAACUAAACAACUUUAUUUGUGGAAAAAUAAUCUUAAUGAAUUCUUACUACUCAGUAUAAGGAAAGUAAUUAGGAAGUGUGUGGUAUUAAAAUUUACACAUUCCGAAGAUGUAAUUUUAGUAGCAGAUAGAUCUGGUGAUGUAUAUUCUUUUUCUGUUAAUAAUCCUGAUCAGUCUGGAAACUUAAUCCUUGGCCAUCUUUCCAUGCUGUUGGAUCUGGUGAUUUCUCCAGAUGAUAAGUAUAUUAUUACAUGUGAUAGAGAUGAAAAAAUCAGAGUAUCCUGUUAUCCAAAUUGCUAUAAUAUACAUUCUUAUUGCUUAGGUCAUACAAAGUUUGUCAGUUGUUUAGCAAUGUUUCCAUCUCAUCCAGAAUUAUUAAUUUCAGGAUCUGGGGAUGGCACAUUCAGAAUUUGGAAAUAUAAAGAUGGUUUAUGCUUAUGUAACAGAAAUUAUGAAACUGAUGUUGAAAGAAAUAGGAAUCAAAACUUAAAGGAGAAAACUAUAAAAAAAUAUAAUGACAGUAAAUCUGAUAGAGCUACUACAAAUUUAGAAAAUGAUACAAACAUGAAUUAUGCAAUCAAACAAGUUCAAUGUUCUCAUAGGCAUAACAUUAUAGUAGCCUUAUUUGAUAGGCUGUCUUGUAUUAUAAUUUAUCAAUAUAAUUAUAAACCAGAAGAUUGUAUUUUCUCAGUUGUACAAAUGCAAAUAUUUGAAUAUUCUGCAGAACCAUGGAAAGUUGAGUUUUGUGAACAAGAUUUAUUAUGGCUAUUACUUCCUAUAAAAGACAAUGUUCUUAAUAUAUUGAAGUCUACAAUAUGUAAUGAUCAAUCAUGUAAAUUUGAAUCCAUUGAAACUACAAACAAACUUACAUCAUUAAUUAAUUCAGUUAAUGCAAACUGGGAAUAUUUUUCAGAAUCACUUCAUGUACAAAAUAAUUUUGAAAUUUUGUACAAAAAAUGGUAUGAUAAUAUGGAAGAAUACCAGGAAAAGAAAGAACAGAAAAAACAGGCCAAAAAGAAAAGAAAAUCAAAUCAUAAUUCUGAUAAAUAAAAGGUUUAAGUGAUUUGUUGACCUUUUAUUGCUUCUC